UGCAUUCAUAAACGACUCUAUUCACCAGUUAAAAGUUCGGAGCUUCAACCGAUGUUCCGUUGUCGAUAACCCUCGAGUUCCUGGCAAUAGCUUGUCUGUUCCAUCAUUUUGCUCUUCGUGGGGAGGCUCCGUGACUCUGGAUUCCCUCAUCCAACGUUUUAGUGUCUAAGAAGUAACUGAAGGUCCUGGAAACGUGACUGGAGCCAAAAGUUGCAACUGGAACUGACUACUACUUCAGAAUGUCAACUACAAAGUCAAGUUCAACCUUAUUGGGAGAUGUGGCCCCCAUGCCCUUCACACAUGACCUCUGGACUUCUGAGAUGGUCUUGUCAAGGCCUAGCAACUCUUUUACAAUAAACUCGUCCUUACCACUCCAAAAUAGUGGCUUAUUUUACACACCAGGAUUACUUAACAUGUCCAACAUUUCAGUGCUUGAGACACAAGUACAGCUUCAACAACAAAUUCAGCCAGUGAAAGGAUAUUCUUUACUACCAGAGCAUUCAGCGUAUGUAAGAGACCCUGCAAAUGCAUUCCCAAGAUAUCAUAACUUACCUCAGAUGGUGGAAAGAACUGCUGCUCAGUUACCAGGGCAGGCUUCAGGGCACGAGUCAUCAAGUCAAAGGCCACCAGGGAAUAUAUGGGACAUGCUUGUGAGCCUGCUUGGAACAGAACAAAGCCGCAAUUCUGCUAAAAGUGCAGAAAAUAUUUCCACAUCCUAUCUGAAUGAAGAAUGCUACAUUGGCAAGGCUGAUGCUUAUGUGACCUCUCAUCAGGCAAGCCACAGUCAGAAACAACUUAGUGUGAAUAGCUACAGUACCAGUACAGUACCAGUAAUUUCAACAGAUGUUGCAUAUCAAAAUUUAGUCAGGGUUCUGGAAAGUGAUGUUCAACCGACUACUAAACCAAGCAUUCUGAUGAUGGAAAACUGUAGUGAAAAUGUUUAUAGUCACUUAUUUCACACAGAAAUCAAAGAUGGUCAGUGUGCACCUGACCGUGAAGAAAAGACAGAGGUUGGUCCUCUCUGUGCUUCAGAAUCUUUAUCCAAAACUCCUCUUAUAGCUUCAGAAGGAAGAGUUAUUGUUUCCAAAAGCAGUGAUAUAAUGUCUAAUAGAAACAAUGAAACUAAUAUAUUUAGUAUAUUUAAAAGAGCUAACAAUGUAGUACCUGUUAACAAUAGAGAAGACCAACUACCAGCAGCUUCAGUGCAGAUCACAACAAUAAUGCAAGAAAAGUCCAUUAAUCCAAAAUCAUCUACAUCUAUGGUAGUAAAAAAGCAACAGGCUUUUCAGAAGCAAAGAAAGAAACCAAGGAAAACAAAACUGUAUGGGAAAGUAAGCACUGAAGCUAAGAAUAAGUUAUUUUUUGUGAAGCCUGAAGCUGUAGAGGAAAUUACUAAAGAAAAAUCUGAGAGAUGUCUUUCAGUGCAUCCAGGCUUUGAACAGACUGCUAUAAAUGAACAAUGUAUAGAAGAAACAGUGAUGCCACUGCCCAGAACAGUUGAGAGUACAUCACUGAGCAAGAUUACAUCCAUCAAUUUGCAGUGUUGGGAUGAAGAAAAAGAAAUCUUGAUGUGGACAGACACAAUGAUAAAAUUUCUGAAUUCACUUCCAAAAAGUGAAAGAUUAUAUUCAAUACAGGUGAAAAACCAGAGAGAUGAAAGUAACCCCCAAGAUACUGUGAUAAUUAAACUUGAUGCACAACUUGGACUAUCAUUAGAAAGUGGGUUUGGUCUUGACAGUAAUGUAAAUUCAAUUUUUGGACAUGUGGCAAGUUUAAAAAAAAAUCCACACAUCACUGGAUUGCUUCUGUUGGCUGAAGGUCCCAAAUUACAGAAUGUUUUGUCAAAAUAUUCAGAAGUGUUACAUAUGUUAGAUUCAAGGAACAUCAGAGAUGAAGUGAACUCAACAAAACCUUUGGUAAAAAUUUCAAAAUCUUUGAAAGUUUAUGAAGGAGGCACUUCUCCAGUCUGCAAAAAAAGCAAAUCUCUUGCACUCCAAGUGGACUUUACUGGGAUAGUGCACCAUGAUAAAUUUAUGGAAAGCCAAGAGGGACCCAGUGUUAACAGCCCUACACAGGCACGCCUACAGGCAGCGGAAGGAGACUCAAGCCAGUCUGCAGUAACGGUGGAGGAGACUGUUCCUCCACAGGAACAAUUGAAAUUGUUACUCCAUUCUGGUCAUUGUCAACUACCAGAGCUGAUGAAGUACUUCAGUAAACAAGCUAGGAAAAAAGUUUUUCAAUUGACAAAGUGUGCUGUGGCUUCAUGUACAGGAACCAAAAAGCUGCUAAAACACAGUUCCUGCUGUACAGAAAGCAGCCAAUGUCCAGUCAAGCACUGUUCUGUCUCUAGAGCCUUAUUGAAGCACUGGAAUUUCUGCAGAAUAUUUUAUUGUCCACUUUGUGCCAUUGUUAGACAACCUGACCCUGUCCAGUCUCUUUUAAGGAGUACCAAAAGAGACAGGGAUUACACCACAAACUCUAAUGAAGCAAAGAUUUAUGCUGCAUCCUUGGUGAGCAAAGGCAGUAGUAACGUGACUAAAAUAACCACCACUACUGUGGAUGACACCACUGGAUUUGAUUCACUCUCCACCCACAGUGAAGAUCAGAUGGAAUCCAGUCCAUUAAGAAUUACUUCAUACAGGUUGGAAGAAAAUCAAAGAUACAUUGCAACUAAUGUGUAUGGAAGUUUUGGUCAAGCAGAAUGGGACUAUCCAUUCGGGGAUAACAGUUUAGGAGAAGACUUAAGUCAGAUUUCCUGGACAAUGAAUCUUGAACCAGAUGACCAGCAACUAUCAGCAAAUGAUACUGGAUCCAGAUAUGUUGAGGAAGGACCGACACUUGCAGCUGGAUUUACCUUGUCAGCUCAACACCUCCGUCAGCGGCUGGAUUGCCUUCUGCAUAGUGUGACGUGUGAAAUGCCUGACCAGGAAACUUCACAAGAGUGUUUCAGGAAGCACUGCAGCAUCAUGAAAACCUCAAUGGUUCACAUGUCGUUGUGUAGUGAAUUUACAUCGUGUUCAAAUGUAAUAUGUCUACUCUUCAGUCCCUUGCUAUCACACUGGAAAAGUUGUUGUGGUCCCUGUUCCAUCUGUGGACCAAUUAAUCUUUAUGACCAAGAUCAGGUUAUAUUUGGUUAG